CCAGCUGGCAGCUGCUAGGACCAAGGGGGCUGGCGCCGGGCCCAACCCUCCCUUACUAGCUUUGUGUGUCUCCAAAGGGCAGCAUCAGAGUGACAGCCGGUACCAUCUCCACAGAGGCUGUGUUGCUGAAGCUGGGCUACGGCAGGCUCAGCCUUGCAUCCAUCAAUAGGGCCCACCAAACCCCAGAAGAAGAUGGCAGCCUGGGCGUCGGAGUCACCUCCUGGGCAGCCUACGAGGUGAGGGGCCCUGAGGAGCAUGGGACAGGUCAUGGGAAUCCUGGAGCUGGAGGCUCCAUUUCGCUCUCCCCAUAGCAGCCCCAGUGAAGCUUGAUCGCUCAGAUGGCUAACAACACGGGGAUAAGAGCCACGGAACUCGCGGGCUCGGUGGGGUUGAUCCUGGCGGUUCUCGUAGAGGUGGGGGCUGUGCUGGGCAACGGCACUCUGCUCGUGGUGGUGCUGCGCACGCCCGGGCUGCAAGAUGCCUUCUACCUGGCGCACCUGUGCGUUGUGGACCUGCUGGCAGCCGCCUCCAUCAUGCCUCUGAGCCUGCUGGCCGGGCCGCCGGGGCUGGGUAGUGUGCCUCUGGACCCCUCAUCGUGCCGGGCCGCACGCUUCCUCUCGGCGGCUCUGCUCCCCGCCUGCACACUCGGCGUGGCCGCGCUCGGCCUGGCGCGCUACCGUCUCAUAGUGCACCCGCUGCGGCCAGGCGCGCGCCCGGCGCCGGCUCUAGUGCUCACCGCAGUGUGGGCGGCGGCAGCGCUCCUGGGCGCGCUCUCUUUGCUCGGACCACCGCCCGCGCCACCUCCGGCUCCGGCUCGCUGCUCCGUCCUAGCCGGGGGGCUCGGACCCUUCCGGCCGCUUUGGGCGCUGCUGGCCUUCGCGCUGCCCGCCCUCCUGCUGCUGGCCGCCUACGGUAGCAUCUUCUUGGUGGCGCGGCGCGCCGCUCUCCGGCCCCCGCGAGGGACCCGGCUCCGCUCCGACUCUCUGGACAGCCGCCUCUCCUUCUUGCCAUCCCUCCGGCCACGUCUACCCGGGGGCAAGGCGGCCCUGGCCCCAGCCCUGGCCGUGGGCCAGUUUGCAGCCUGCUGGCUGCCUUAUGGCUGCGCGUGCUUGGCGCCUGCGGCGCGCGCUGCUGCAGCCGAGGCGGCUGUCACCUGGGUAGCCUACUCCGCCUUCGCGGCUCACCCCUUCCUCUAUGGCCUGCUGCAGCGCCCGGUGCGCUUGGCGCUGGGCCGCCUCACUCGCCAGGCGCUGCCUCGGCCCCCAAAAGUAUGCAUGCCGCAGGCCUGGCACCCACGGACACUCCUUCAGCGCCUCCAGGGACUUCGCAAGAAUCCUGCCCUAGGCCCUUCCGAGGUACCAGAACAGACCCCAGAAUUGGCAGGACAGAGCUCGAGUGUGUCAGAAGCCACCUGAAAGAUUUCUCCUGAGUUGGAGAAAGGAGGGUGGGAUCAGAGGGGUACAUCUACGCCCCCCCCCCCGCACACGUUUGGCAGGUACUCUGCCUGGACUACUGGCUCUGAAACGGGAGAGGGUGCUGCUUGGUCAGAACCUGAUUCUGAGCUCAGUACUACCUGUGUUCUUUUCCUGGGGCCUCAGUUUCCCCAUCUGUACUCUGAACCACCUCCUAAGGACCCCUCCAGUUAGUGUAGGUUUUUAAAAUUCAUGGAUAUUCCCUGUCCCAGAGGGGAGAGAAGCCGGCCUGGUCACAGGCAAGAAAGUCCUAAGAGCUCACAGCCAAAGGAUGAGAGAAACUGGACAGGGUUUGGGUUACAGCCACAGCGGGAGGAACCAGUGAAGAGACAUUCAUCUGUGUCGUGGAAAAGCUGGACAGUUCGACUCAAACUCCUUACUCAGACAGCUAGGAAAACAGCCCAAGGGGGCUGGAGAGAUGCCUCAGCAGUUAGAGUACUACUGGUUGAUCUUCCAGAGGUCCUGAGUUCAAUUCCCAGCGACCGCAUUGUGACUCACAGCCAUCUAUAGUGAUGCCCCCUUCUGGGGUAGAAGUGUACAUGCAAACAGCGCUCAUGCAUGAAAUAAAUCUUUAAAA